AUGGCUGCUCAAAACUCCAGCCACUCUCCCUACGAAGCUUGCCUUAUUGCUAACCUUCCAAGUGAUGUUCAACACCAGAUACUUAACACUGGCAACUACGUUAUCCGUCCUUUGAGCUUUAUUCUGGCUUUUUUGUCAUAAUCCCUUCAAUAUCCAGCGAUGGUCAUGAUGUGCAGUUUGGCAGUGACUGACGUAAUUUUUUCUUUGCAUUCUCUAUACACAUAUAUAGAAAUCUUUACAGACCAACACAUGUGUCAAAUCUCUCACCCACUUCAGGCCUCCUUUAGUAUUCUUUGUGGCUUAGCAACGCUUGGCAACCUGGCAAUUAUAAGUAGAGAUCGAUAUGUGGCAGUCCGAAGGCCUUUUUGGUAUCGUAAUUACAUGAAGAAUUCUCGUGCUUUUAAGAUAAUAUGUAUCUCGUGGUUAACCAGUGUAGUAUCUGUACUCGUAAUUAACUUGUCAGUAAGUUUGGGAGGUAUUUAUAGACUUUUGGGAGUAAUUUUUAGUGUAGUUAUAUUCGCUAUUAAUGUAAUUGUCAUAAUUUUCUGUUAUCUUAGCAUUUAUUUUCGUAAAACUAUGAUAGAAAAUCAAAACGACGCCCUUUUGAGAAGGGAAAAAAGAUCAGCUAACACAGUUGCUGGGAUUCUUUUGAUUUUUCUAUUGACCUACUUCCCAGCGUUUCUUUUCCCAACGGUUUCGUUUGUAAAAGGAUUCAAGAAUUUCCUGCCCUUUCGUCCUUUUUUCAUGAUCUUUUUUCAGUUAAAUGGAGCUUUAAAUCCUUUGUUAAACUUCGGCCGUUCUACAAAGAUGCGAAAAGCUAUAAAAGACUUGUUUAAAUCCCUUCCGAAAGUACAGCCAGAUUCACGUGUGAAAAAUACCAGCAACAACAGCAGCAAAAACCAUAAUCAGUCCCAUACAACAGGGAUUACUGUAAUGACCCCCAAAAGCACCAACAACACCGACUCAGCAAUAGCAAGUGCUGAUGACGUAUGGGAACAACGGUGACUUAAUCAUCUAAAAAUGAAGUUUAGAAGACUCCUUAUGACAAUUAAGAAACUACCAUAAUCAAACAAGUCAGAACAGAUAAUAACGGACUGAGAUCAUGAACAAGACUGGGUGCCGCUAAAAGUCUGAACAUGGAACUCAAAUACGUCUGUCAACUCAUGGUCCACUUACAACCACAUCGAUCUGAAAGUUAGUUAGGAACAGUGAGAUUUCCUGAAUAGUAUGAAAGUUGACAAAAGCCAGGCGGUUUUGGAUAGUAAGAGCGAUGGUCAGGAAAUGUCCAGCAUCGAGUGGCAAGAUGUGAAACAAAUAAACUUUUAUUACUUUUUGUUUUUUUGUAGAUAACUUUAGGUAUAUAAGAAAUAUGAUGUAAAGUUUUCUCGCAAAUGCCUUUUUAUUUUUGAGAAAAGUAAGAAUAUCACAUGAUAUCAACCUCUAAAUGAUCUUAUUUUUAACCUGAAAUUCGCUAACAACAGAACUCUGCUCACGUUCGCAAACAAAGCCACACAGAGAAAUUUGGACUUUUUCAAUUAAAAGAACAACUCCUUUUCUUUUACCAGAAGAUCCUUUGAAGGCAACUCUUGCCACGGAUCAAGCUAGAUUUUGCCGGAUUUUUGCUGACCGUGGCUCUCAACAUCCUUUCGUAAGUAAAUGCAUUUCGUUGUUCCUCUAUAUAGUUACUGGGAUUUUAUACGGUGCUAGCUAGCGAGCGCUUGUCAAAAGGCAAUUUAUCGUCAACAUUUUAAGGCCACAUGGGGCUGGGAAAGAUUUUAAUUUUUUUGGUGGUCAUUUUUGAGAGUUGUCCUGUUAUCAAUAAAGUAUAUGUAAACUUUAUUUGGUGUGAGACCUUUUUAUCAACUUCGUCACUGUCAUAACGUGUAAGUUCAGUGUCUGCUAUUUUUUUUUCAUAUUUUGCUCAUCAUUUUGUAAUAGUAGCUUCUAUAACUGGCAGGAAACUACCCACCUUUCGACAAUGGGAUUAAUUUCUGCCAAUGAGAUUUUCGUGUUAGCCAGGAAACUUCAAAAAAACUUAUACUCCGUUUGAGAGAAAAACUUGACAAAUGAAAAGAGUUUUCUCUUAUUGCCUGAGUCAAUCCUACCCCUCCAGAUAACCUAGAGGAGGUCAUCCAGGGAGUUGACUUAUUACUUUGAAUGCCCGUUUAAGAGAUGUUGUAUAUUUCCACCAAAGGUCAAUUUUCCUGCUCAUAUAAAAAGAUCUGAACGGCAUCCUUAAAAGAUCUCCAAAUUUCUAGGUGAAAGAAACGUAGAAAAAAUGUACGGACUGGAGAUAUCACUUAAUUAAAUUUUCUGAAUCGGAGUACCACAAAAUUUAACGUAUACAGUCUAACAGUCAGGCAAUAUGGGUACCAUCUGAUUCUCAACGUGCUGCUGCCCUUCCACAUGUAUCUGACAGGGAAGCAUAUGGAAACCAAACAAAGUCCAAGUGCCUUUUCCUCUUUUAAAUUUUCUUUUUCAAAGGGGAAUCAAUGUUCGGACUUGAAAAAAUUCGGUAGACUCUUGGCAUCGUAAUAACAUUCAUCUGAGACGUUGAAACGAAUGUCAAAAGUAGCAGUCAUGUCCAAUCAGUAAAAUCUAAUAGAUUCCAGGGAACAAAAGCAGGAAUCUAAUGGAGUAACAAGAAUUUUAGUCUUGAAAUGAAAACUAUUUAAACCUUUUACAAUUUAACUAAUUUUGCUUGUACUUUUUACUGCGGCUAACGCUACGGCAUAGCAGAAGUCGCGUGCAAUUUCGUUUACGUGUGGAUGGAAACUGCAGAGUAAACAACAAUAACAAUAACAACAACAGUAAUCUUUAUUUAUUCUCGAAUUGAAAAGUAGCAAUAACAUGCUAAUAUCUCCGAGGAUAAAUAGCUAAAAAUAAAUAAACAAAAAUAGAUAUUACAAAUAUUAAACAAUAAACACUCAACUUUGUACGCAAGUAGUCGCAUGUUUCUCUUAUCAGGUGUGUUUUGUUAAAAGCCAAUUGCGUUAAAGGCUUUAUGACGAUUGCCGUGUUUAUUUAAAAAAAGUUAGUCAAAAGAUAAGAUCAUAUAAUUCACCUAGAAUUUAAUUUGCCAAGAACGAGUAUAUAUAGUUAUUGGUAAUUUGUAUAAUUUAACGGAUGCAAUCAAAUUAAGACGCCCAGAAAACUUUUUAUAAAGAUCCGCAUAAUCCAUUAAAACUAAUUAAAUUUUGUUUCUUUGCAUAAAACACUUGAGCUACUGUAAAAAACAGUUGGAUUUUAAGACAAAGAAUAAAACCAAGUGAAAACUAAUUGAAAUUAUGUGACGAAGGUCAGGCUUACCUUUCCUCAAUUUCUGUUUUUCAGAAGUCCUUUGAAAAUGAAAAUCUAUUGAAUUCUUUGAAGUCAUUAAAAUGCUUUUAAUUAACAAAAUGCGGAAGAAAGUUAAAUGGAUUUAAAAAUGUAAAUCAAGUUGGUAUCUGUUAAAAGGCCGAAUCAGUUUUUCAAGAAAUCUGCUCCCUCUAGUUAUCAGGGAACAGAAAAACGUUCAUCGAAUCAAGUAUGAAACGUACAGUCGGCAUUCUGAAAGCAAUUAUGGCACGUGUGUACAGGUUUUUUUUCCCCUGCAAUUGAUAAAGGGGAAGGAGGAAGAGAAAAUUUGUAAUUAAAGUGGUUACAGUAUGUGUGGGCCGGUUUUUUCAUGUUAAUCAUUCCUAUAUUUUGUUUUUACUCUAAUUGCUUCUUAACUAACCCAAAAGUCUUAAUGAAGACAGUCUAGGUCUAAUUACUUUUAUGAAAAUCAUUUCGACUUAUCAGGAAGCCUUUGACAACGGCGCUUGUUGAAACAGUUCUGUUCUCGGUUUGAUCGAUAUUUCCUAUUCGAUCAAGCUAUUAAAAGUUUUGCUGCGACAGCAACGAUUUAUGAUCAUCAAUUGAAGAACUUUGUGAGAAAACCGCUUACAGAAUUAAGGUAAAAACCAUGGUCUCUUGCUUUACUUAUCGUACCAUUAUUACUUAUUUAACUGCCAUGCAAACGCUAUCUUGUGUCUGUUGCAAUAAGUUUUAUUUUAUUAUCAUAUUUUCUUUCCUUUCUUUCAUGUUCUUUUUAGAAUCAGGCUAGAUAAACAAGCUUGUUUUCGAAAACUGAGUAUCCAGUAACAAAAUUUAAUUUUGAGUCGCCGUCAGUUUUCACCUUCGAUCGCUUGAUUAAUUUUUAGCAAUUUUUGUUGGUAACAUAAUACGAAACUGUCAGCAAGUUGUCCUGACUGUAUGCGAGUUUCUCGCAAUUUUUGCAAAAAUGACUCAGUAUUUAAUUUUGCUCAAAUAAGGUUCGAAUAUCAUCAGUUAUAACUCUAAACAAAGAUCUAAUGUAAGCAGGACGUUCUAAUUAAAAAAAAUCGUUCAGUAUCGUGCGGGUGUUAAAUUUAGCGAACAAAGUUUACUCACCAUACAAACUCGGAAUUUUUAUUCGUUCCUUUUUUAUCAAUUUCAAGAUCGAAACAUGGCUGCGCAAAACUCCAGCCAACAGUUUCCCUACGAAGCUUGCCUGAUUGCUGACCUUCCAACUGAUGUUCAACACCAGAUACUUAACAUUGGCAACUACGUUUUCCGUCCUCUGUGUUUUAUUUUGGCUUUUUUGUCACUUGUCUGUAAUACGCUUGUUAUCAUAGCUGUGACACGAACUAGAUCCCUUCAAUAUCCCGCGAUGGUUAUGAUGUGCAGUUUGGCAUUGACUGACGUAAUAUUUUCUCUGUAUUCUUUGUACAGAUACAUAGAAAUAUUCACACACAAACAUAUGUGCCCAAACUCUCACCCGCUCAAUUCUGCCAUCAGUGUGCUUUGUGCCCAAGCAACGCUUGGUAACCUGGCUGUAAUAAGUAGAGAUCGCCAUGUGGCAACCCGGAGUCCGUUGUGCUAUCGUAAUCACGUGACAAAAUCACGUGCUUUCAAGAUAGUAUGUAUACCAUGGAUCAUCAGUGUGGUAAUUGCCGUUGUACUUUACUUUUCGAGAAGUUUUGAAGGCGUUGGCAAAUCUUUGGCACAAGCUUUAAUUCCAGUUCCUUUCGCUCUUUAUGUAAUUGUCAUAAUGUCUUGUUAUCUUGGUAUUUAUUUUCGAAAAACUAUUGAAGUAGGAAAUGUAAACGAUGCUCUUUUGGAAAGGGAAAAACGAUUGGCUAACACAGUUGCUUGGAUCCUUUUGAUUUUGCUUUUGACCUACUUUCCAGCACAUCUUUUCCCAAUAGUGUUGUUUAUAAAAGGAUUCAAGAAUUUUCUGCCUUUUCGGCCUUAUUACCUGAUUUUUUUCCAAUUAAAUGGAGUUUUAAAUCCUUUGUUAAACUUUAGACGUUCUAAGAGGAUGCGCAAAGCUGUAAGAGACUUGUUUAAAUGCCUUCCAGAAGUGUAG